AUGGUAACCAGAGCUGGUCAGAAUGGCGGUAAUGAGGAAGUCGAAAACAAUGAUGUUGAGAAGGAAGAUGAUAAUCGUGCUGCGGAAUAUGAGGGGAAUGAAAUUGUUAUAAGCGAGAUGAAUAAAGAAGUGGAAAAAAGAGAUAAAUCCAAAAGGAAGGAAGCAUGUGACAAGAUGGAAAACAAGGUGAUACCGAGUCAACACCUCCCAUAUCCACAUGCACCAUUAAAAAAAGAUAAUGUUAGGAAACAUGCAAGGUUUAUGGACAUAUUUAAACAACUUCAUAUAAAUAUUCCAUUUGCCGAAGCGUUGGAGAAAAUGCCCAAGUAUGCUAAAUUGAUGAAGAAUAUGCUCACAAAGAAAAAGAGGUACACGGACAAAGAGACAGUAUUGCUUGAUGCUCGUUGUAGUACCGUGAUCCAAAGAAAUACUCCAAGAAAGGAAUCUGAUCUGGGACGAGUUACAUUGCCAUUAACUAUUGGAAGUAAUUACAUUGGUAAAGGUUUGAUCGAUCCGGGGUCUAACAUCAAUUUAAUCCUUUUAUUCAUUGUCAAGAGAUUGGGGAAUAUUGUGAUGAAGCCUACUAGGAUGACAUUGCAAUUAGCCGAUAAGACUAUCACUUCAUCGUAUGGAGUAGCUCAAGAUAUGCUAGUAAAAGUGGACAAAUUCUUUUUCCCGGUGGAUUUUGUGGUAGUUGACAUGGAGGAAGAUCGUGAGGUACCAUUAAUUCUUGGAAGACCAUUCAUGAAGACUGCCCGAAUGAUUAUUGAUAUUGAUGAGGGGCUCAUGAAAGUAAGGGUGCAAGAUGAAGAAGUAAAGUUUAAUCUUUUCAAAGCCAAGAAGCAUCCUAAGAACAAGAAGGAUAUUUUCCGAAUCGAUGCCACCGAAGGAGAACUCAAAGAUGCUGAAAAUUAA